AUGAGCUAACCUACCAUAAACACGUAAUGAUCUCUUGACGAUUCUUCACACGUCCCAAUUUGAAAAGCGUCCAAUGUAGACGUGGAACACGCGAAAGAGAAUCGCCCAGCGAAUGCUCCGAAGGAAGCUAAAGCAAGACACGUGGUUUGUUUCAGAGCGACGCACCCCGACGAGACUCGAGGACAUGUCGCAUACGGAAAAACGAGACGAACUGUACAGGUUGCUUUGCGUCGCGAUCGAUACAUCGACGAUACGACCGUUCCGCUGGUUCAACAACAAGUUCAUGUGCUUCUACUGCUGCAUUCCUUUCGUGCACAGUUCGAAGCUGAAGGAGCACAUGGCGGAAGAGCACGCCGACGUCAAAGUAACGAACGCGAUUCGUAGGGUGUUGAACACGGCCCGCGUGAAACUGGACAUUUCGGAUCUGAGCUGCAAGAUAUGCGCCGAGGGAUUUUCGAGAUUCGACUUGUUCUUGGAACACGCUACCGAUACACACAAACUACGCCUCAAUAGAGAGGUCGGGAAGUGUCUGUUCGUGUUCAAAUUGGACGAUUACGUGAUGUCGUGUUGCGACUGCGGCGAGAGCUUCAGGUUCUUCGGUUCGCUUCUGAAGCACGCUCACAAGUUCCACAAUAAGGACAGCGUUUUCCUGUGCGAGACUUGCGGCGAAGGAUUCGUGAACAAAGCCAAUCUGGAGAGCCACGUCCGAAACGUGCACCACUCGAACCACAAGUGCACCGAAUGCGAGAAGGUGUACAAGAAUCACACGGCCCUAAAGAACCACAUCGACAAGGACCACAAGAAUCUGUUCAAAUGCCCGAAAUGCCCCGAAGUUUUGGGCAGUAGGUACCUGAAAUUGCGACAUUUGGCGCUCGUGCACGACGAAAAGAUGCUCCAGUUGAAAUGUGAUCAUUGUCCGCAAGUGUUCACUACGAAUCGCGUUUUAGUUCAGCAUACAUUGCGCGUUCACAUGAAAGAGAAGACGGUCACUUGCGACCUCUGCGGCUUUAAAAUGUUCGAUAAAGAGGCGCUGGUCAGGCACAUGGUUAGACACGACGACUCGAGGCCGUUUGAAUGCGACGUUUGCAAAAAAAGCUUCCAGAGAAAGAAGACUUUAACUUUACACAAAAGAAUACACACGAAUGAUCGUCGUUACGUGUGCAAAGUUUGCGGGAAAGCUUUCGUUCAAGCCACGAGUCUUAAGCUUCACAUGAGGGUGCAUCAUUCGAGUUAUUGAAGCUCAAUCGUUUGCUAAAUGCUUUAUAAUUAUCAUUAAAUCAUUCACAAUACUUUCGUUUUAAAUACAAAAGUAACGCAUAUAUUUAAUUUUCAACAGGCCAGUAAUCUAAUUAUUCUCGUAAAUUUAAAACAUCAAUACCGAUUUUCCAUCAAUUUUCUAAUAGAAAUACGCAUUUAAAAUAUGUUGACGAACGAAUUCAUGAAGGAGUAAUGUGACUGGUAGGCAGCGGCUUGGCUCUGCCCCUGGCAUUGCUGAAGUCCAUGGGCGACGGGAACCACUCACCAUCAGGUGGGCCGUAUGCUCGUCUGCAUACAAGGGCAAUAAAAAAAAAGAUCGUGUAAUAAAAAUCAAAACUGCAAUAGGUUUCCUUAAAUUUCUUUCAUUGAAAAACCUUUACCGAGGAAUACGCCUAGCUCAAAGGUCCGCAAUCGGCGGCUUUUCAACUCCUUGGCUCUUCCGUGAAAUGUUUCCGUUUCUUACGUAAUUAUUAAUAACGUAAUAACGUAUCUUUAAAACAAGGCGAUAUAUGCGUAUGCUAGAAAAAUAAUGGUUCUUUGUAUAAGUUUCAAUUGUGCAUUAUCUAUAUUUGGUUCUUUUGGAUGACAUAUUACUUGUGGUAGGACCUCUUGUGAGUCCGCGCGGGUAGGUACCACCACCC